AUGGCACCAAAGAACGCCAUCAAGCGCGUCGGAGCAGUCGUACUGUCUGGUGCUGCUGCUCUUCUUCCAUCAAGCAUCACCCUUCGCCGCGAGUAUGAGGCAGGACCGUUACCUCAAUAUGAUACCCCUUUGACAACAGCACCACUACACUCAGCCUUGCCAACUUCGAGGAAGGGCACAACUGGCAAGACUCACAUACUUACUGGCAUUCUUCGACGAGCAGCCGCCUUUCCAAGGGGGUUCAAAGGCCUUUUCAAACAUUCCAACCAUCCCAAGGAUUCCAAGAAUCGAAAUUCUCCAGCUGGAUCGAUUCAAUCUGCUCUAGCCAUUGCAAUGUUCAAUGCAGUCAAACUCCGUAAAGCCUCACCCACAGAGACUGAGAACAGUACAUCCAGCCCCAUGAUGGAAGAGUCCAGCACCUUAUCUACUGAAAGCACCAAUGAAGUCAUCGUUGAAGGCGCCAGCACUCCCACACCAGCUGCCUCGAUUGAACGAAGCAUGGUGAGGCGUGCACCAAGCAUCGAUACCAUCGUCUCCGGAUUUGCAGACGAUUUCAGCUCAGAAGUGUUGAGUAUCUUCGAUGUUGACACAGAACAGGUGUCCAAUGCUGCCCCAUCCACACUGCCUUCAGCGUUGAUUCCCGGAAAUUUCCCCGGCCAUCAUCAGCAAGCCUCCAGCAUCAAGGAAGUUCAGGCUGCUUCUCCGCUUGCCACCAAAUCCUUCAAUCAUGCCACUCCGGCUCCCACGAGAGUCUGCCGCCAAGAAUCAACUACUUCAGCAUAUGUCAAUUGUGCAACUCAGACCGAGGAGGUGGGAGAUGUGAGCAUCUCUAAAGCAGGAGCACCUUCGAAAGAUCUAUAUGUUCAAGUUGACCUAGAGUGCAAUUCAUCACCCGAGCCAUCUCCUUUGGAGAGUCAACGUUCAGCAAGCCCAGAGACACCCGACACUAUUCACUCUGAUAGUCCUACCAAAUUGGACCUGGAGCAAGAAAACGAAAAGCUGAAAGCAGAGAAUUCUAGACUCGUUGGCGUCAUCCACAACCUCAACGAGCGCAUUGAAGACCUUGAAACUUCGGAAGAGGUGUCUGAGAGAGACAGCAAGCAAGAGAUGCAGCAGCUCCGGGCUGAGCGUGACGGCAUGGCGCGUCGAGCAGAGGAGCUAUGGGAUCAACAUGAGCAGCUUCUUGGUCGGAAUCAGGAGCUGCGUUACCAGAGAGGAGAAUUCGAGCACGAUGCAGAGCAUCUCCGCGGCCAACUCAAGGCUGUUGAGGCGCAACAUGAACAGAACAUCGCUGCAAAUGUCGCAGCAUAUGAGCGGGCCCGCAAGGUCACCUUGAAAGAGCUUCAGGACAAGCAUCAAGAUGACUACAUGCAAGGUGUCGCAAAAUACAAGGAGCUGCAAAAUCAAGCACUGCAGCAACAACACAUUAUCAAAACUCAGAAAGAUUUGAUUGACUGCCUUGAGCAGGAGAAUGUUCCCGCGGCGGUUGCAGGUGCCGCCAACGCUCUGAGAGAAGCAGAAGUCAAAAAUGGGAUGCUUGAACAACAGCUUGCGCAGCAGGCUGGUCACAUUUACAACGUGGAGACGCUGCUCGCACGAGCAACACAUCAAGUAUCACUGCUCCCUCAGAUUCAAGAUGAGGUGGCAAAGCUGAUUUCGGAGCGCAAUGCUCUGCAACACCAGCUGAAUGCCCUGCGCCGUCAGCAGCCUGCUCCUGUUGUUGCUGGAAUAGGCAGCAACAAUGCCACCCCGAAAAACGCAGGGUUUGGUGCAAUCGGUGGCGAAAGACGCGCCGCUGGGGCCAACAAGACCAGCAGCAAGCCGACCAACAAUGGCUUCGGUGGCAACAACAAUGGCGGCGGCAUACCACGCAACUAUGGCUUCCAAAAUUUGAACGGCCAGGCGAAUUCUGGACUGUUCUCAGGCUUCAACAAUUGA